GGCGUGUCGGAAUAUGAGUGGGAAAGAAAGAUCUCGAUGUGAAAGCGUGUUGUAGGAUUUCAAUAUGGCUGGAGCUUCGUCUGUAGCCGGUGAAGUGUUUGUUGACGCUUUGCCGUAUUUUGACCAGGGUUAUGACGCUCCCGGGGUCAGAGAAGCGGCUGCUGCUUUGGUGGAGGAGGAAACGCGGAGAUACCGACCAACCAAAAACUACCUGAGUUACCUGCCUACGCCUGAUUUCUCCACUUUUGAAACGGAGAUCAUGAAGAACGAGUUUGAGAGACUUGCUGCACGCCAGCCUAUGGAGCUUCUCAGCAUGAAGAGAUACGAGUUGCCCGCCCCAACAUCAGGCCAGAAGAACGACAUGACGGCAUGGCAGGAUUGCGUGAAUAACUCCAUGGCUCAGCUGGAGCACCAGGCCGUUCGAAUAGAGAACCUGGAACUCAUGGCGCAGUACGGCACCAACGCCUGGAGGGUGUCUAACGACAAUUUGGCGUACAUGAUUGAAAACGCGCAGAAGGAGCUGCAGAAGGUUCGGAAGAAGAUUCAAGACUUGAACUGGCAGCGGAAGAACGAUCAGCUGACCGGAGGGGCCAAACUGCGAGAACUAGAGUCCAACUGGGUGUCCCUCGUGAGUAAGAACUACGAGAUCGAGCGAGCCAUCAUACAGCUGGAGAACGAAGUCGCACAGCUGAGGCAGCAGCAGGGAGACGAGAACAAGGAGAACAUCCGACAGGACUUCUAAUAAGUGACAGGCCUGUCCAGCACAAUCUGGAACAACAGACGGACGAACUGUCAAAAAUAAGACGCCAAGUCUGCAGAAAAAGACAUUUCUGAGGAAAGUGUGUUUUUUUUUUUUUUUUUCUCCGCCUCAUACCUUGCAGUGAGAGAAGGAAACGGUACUGAAGUACUGAGUAUCUUACUAGUAACUCGCAACAGUACAGUUCAGCAGGACUUCAUUGGUUUGUAUGUUUGUGGAGGUUUUUUUUUAGUUUUCAACUGAUGAUUUAAACUGUAUUUUUAUACAAUGUAAUAAACAUUUAAAAACAAA